AUGGUUAUGCUCAUUGCGAAAAUUUUCGCCAUAAUAUGCACAAUGGAGGAUUACAACGAGACUUACGAAUCAAUGGACGACAUGCUGAAUCAGUCAGAGAGUUACUACCAACCGUACUAUGAGAGGCCAGAGACAUACAUAGUACCGUUAAUAUUCGCACUUAUAUUCGUCAUAGGGGUGGUCGGAAAUGGGACCCUAGUGGCCGUAUUCGUCCGACAUAAAGCUAUGAGGAAUGUGCCUAAUACGUACAUCCUCUCGCUAGCAUUGGCAGAUCUUCUGGUAAUCAUCACAUGUGUGCCGUUCACCUCCAUUGUAUACACGGUGGAGUCGUGGCCUUGGGGAGCCACAGUCUGCCGCGUCUCAGAAGCUGCGAAAGAUGUCAGCAUUGGAGUAUCAGUGUUCACGCUGACUGCUUUGUCAGCUGACAGAUACUUCGCCAUUGUUGAUCCGUUGAGGAAGCUACAUGCCACAGAAAUGAACAUGGGUUUUUGGAAAUAUCAAGAAAAAUAUAAGUAG